AUGGCGGAGAAAUGCCUUCGCAACGCCAGCUGCACGUGCAGUUUAUGUACGGGAUUCGACGUGGCGUCGCUCCGGAGCAUCUCCAAGUCCAUUGCGUCGACGAUUCAGUACGGAGGCGAAGACGACGUCGAGGGCCAAGCGACCGCAGGCGAUACGACGCGCGUGGCGAACCCUCCGACCCGUCCCAAAGCCGCUCCUGUUGCCAGUCCCGUAUCGACCACUCAUAGUGACGUAAGUACACGCGCCAGUAGCGACGCGCCAGACGUUGUGAUGGUGGACGUUGCAGCCGAAACGGCCGUCGAGCACACGUCGCCCCUCGCACGGACGACAGACGACGACGUGCGCAUGGACGCGCCUGGGGCUUCGAUGCCGCUGGCGACGGCUGCGGCAGACGGUUCAGGACACAGCGCUUCGAUGUCGCUGGAGGAGGUGCUGCCGAAGCUGACGGACAAGCUAUGGAAAGUGCGGAAAGAAGCGUUUGAAGCGUUGAAAGAGCUGUUUGAGCAGCCGGCGGUUGCGGCGAAUCAGGUGCGAGCGGCGGUUGAGCUGUUCCCGAAAAUGUGUGAAGAUGCCAAUGCGAGCGCGUUGGAGGCGGCUUUUGCCGCUGUGCUCGCGUACACUGUGCACGUCGAGCCGUUUGACAAGGACAUUGUGCCUGCUGUGAUGACCCGUGUGACUGAUAAGGGCUUUUCAGCUCGACCGGGGAUUGUCAAGAUCUGUGAAGAGCUGACCGACGCUUUUGUGGCUGCUGGAGCCGUAGAAGCAACGACAGCGGCUCUUUUGGAAGGAGUGAACAAUCGCAAGCCCAAAGUACCACCCGCUUGUCUGUCGUGUCUUCUCGAGGCAUUACAAGCGUACGGACCUCGUGUGUUGCCGCUGCAAACGAUCAAAGCAGCACUGCCCAAGCUGAUGGAAGGACCUGUCAAGGCACGUCCGAUCGCUAUGAAUAUCAUGGUAGAAGUCUAUCGAUGGACAGGUCCGGCAUUGGUUCAGGAUAUCGUGGCUAAUCUCCGGCCUGCCCAGAAGACUGAGUUCGAGGGACAUGUCAAGGAUGUUGUUCCCGGUCAAGCGGCACCCACAAAGUUUGUCAAAGGCUCCACACCGGCGAAAGCUACUGCUAACGCUAGUGGAAGAAGUUCCAGUGGCGCAGCAGAAGUGAACGCAGAUACACCUGCAGCAUUUGAUCCUCGUGAUUUUGCCGAAACAGUGGACCUACUUGCUAAGCUACCUAAGACUGAGUUUAAGACAAAAUUAGCGUUACCAAAGUGGAGUGAAAAGGUGGAGGCACUAAAGAUUGUCCUGGAAGUGAUUGGUCCCAUACCAAAGCUCGCUGACGGCGACUUUUAUGAGCUCGUGACAACCUUGAAAGCGCUGGCAAACGAUUCGAAUGUGAACAUUGUGGCUAAGUCGAUCGAAGUUUUUGGUGCACUCGCAGACGGCUUACGCAAAAGCUUUACGCAAUACGCUCGAAUGGUGUUUCCUGAGCUGUUGCGGAAACUAUCAGAUAAGAAGUCGGUGAUUUUGAACGCAGCGAACACGACAUUGGAUUUGUUUCUGCAGCAUGCGAUGACACUUGAUAUGAUGCUAGACGAUUUGAAACUAGCUUGCGAUGCUUCAAAGAAUAAAUCUCCGCCCGCACGUGUACAAACCAUGGCUUUUGUGGCCCGCGCCGUGACAAACCGUAAUAUCGAUUUGAAUGACAAGGCACAAAUAGUGUCUUUGGGUACGAUGUUUCUGAAAGGCGUCGAAGACAGCGAUCCUAAAGCGCGCGAGGCAGGCCAAACUUCAUUCAUUGUGCUUUUGCAGGCAUCUGAUCAGGCACAUAAGUGGUUGCAAAGUAUUGUAGAUGAAAUAGUGCGGAAGCAUCCUCGAGCUUACAAGGCGAUCCAGCGAGGCUUGGGUGGUGAAGCAGCGUCCACGUCUUCUUCUCGUCCGGACAGUACGAAAUCGUUGCGCCCUAGUAGUGCUUCACCGUCUCGUCCCAGCAGUGCAAGCAGUGCUGCUAACCGUUCUAGUUUAGGUGACUCCAAGACAUCGGAAGAUGCGGAUGCAGGCGUGGCUGGCGCAGCUACAGCUGAUCCCCGUAGUCCGGCUCCAAAAAAGCGUGGACUGCGUGCGCCACUCGGAAUGAGAGCUGCUUCAGCUGGUGGUGCAACUGCAAAAACUGCCCCUCCAAAGAAAUCUAUUGCGACGGGUUCAAGUGUAGGGGCAUCUGCAGACAAGGGUGUCGGCACUGACUUCACGCCAAUGGCGAUCUCUAUAUCCGUCGAAGAAGCCGAAGACAUCAUUGCGGAGCUUCAGUUGGAGACCUGGAUUGCUAUCAAGGAAGGGUUUGCGAGUUCAAAAUGGAUGGAGCGCAAAGGAGCGAUUGACAAACUCGAGGAAUACGCCGGGGCGCACUCUUCAAUGAUGAGUGUGCGUGUGAUUGAGGCGUUUACGAUGUAUUUGGCAAAACAAGUGAAGGAAUUUAAGGAUAGCAAUAUCAACGUGCUGAAGAGUUCAUUUGAGGCAGUAGGGACGUUUGCGAAGACGGCUGCCGGCAAGUUUCCUCGCGGAGUUGUUUGUCUUGUUACUCCUCGUGCUUGUGAUAAGAUUGGCGAUCGAAAAGCGAGUGAGGCUGUUCGCAGUAUGAUUUUGCAGUUUUGUGAAGUGACUAGCCCGUCAUACACGUUGGGGUGUGUUAUUGACCAUAUGCCGAAGGUUCGAUUACCACUAGCACAUAUCGAGGCUCUUUCAGUUUUGUCGGACUGCGUUAACGACUUUGGUAUCUCUCUGUGCAACCCUCGUACACUAAUCGGGUAUGCAAAAGGUCCACAGGGGCUAGAGUCAUCAAACCCCAAGGUCCGCAGUGCCGCUAUUGGGCUUCUCAGUGUUAUGUAUUCGCAACUGGGACCGCCACUGCUUUCAAUCCUUAACCUGGACACAUGGAAACCGGCAUUGGCAGAGACCGUGAAAAAUGAAUUCAAAAAGACAGGUUAUGAUUCAGCGAAAGCCUUGGCAAGUGUGAAGCGUCAUGUUAAAGACCACGACGAAUCCAUGUCGACUGCAGCGGACUCCGGCGCACUAUUUGGUCGCGUUGAUGUCAGCAGUCACUUCACAAAAGAGCUGUUUGAGUCUAUGAAGAACGAGUCCGACAAGGGUGCAUGGAAGAAACGUGGGGAGGCUAUGGACACCGUCCAAGCGAUUUGUGAGGGUGCUGGUUGCGCAAUUGAGUUCACUCGGUCUGUGCAAGAAGUGCUUCGUAGUCUGAGAGCUCGUCUGAACGACUCGAACGCGAACAUGAAGGUGAAAGCCGCAAACGUUAUUGCAGUCGUUGCGGCAAGUGUUGGAUCUGAUAUUGCGAAGAUGUCAAAGAUACUUGGUGCAAGCUUGAUUGCGGGGGUUGCUGACAACAAAAAGACGAUGCAAUCUGCUGCGAUUCAAGCCCUACACAAAUGGGUAUGCCACAACGGCAAGACUUCUUCUUCCUGUAUGGAAAGUCUUCUUCCAUCUCUGUCAGAGGGUCUUUUGAACACCGUUGGACGAGCAGAAUUGCUGAAGUGGGCAGUAGAGCAUCUUAGCAAAUGCGCGAAACUCGAUUUACAUUGUUUAGUUGUUCCAACUGUUCAGUGUUUGAUGGACAAGUCUUCCGACGCGCGCGAGAAGGCUCAAUUGCUGCUCGUUGAAGUGAUGAAGUCUGUGGGCAAAGAAACCGUGCUUACAACUGGAUGUCGUGACAUCCAGCCUGCCGCCAUGCGAGCUUUGAAACCUUUGCUUGCAAAAGUGUGUGAAUUAGCAGAAGCGAGUGGUGACGCAAACGCAUCUCAUCGAUCAGGUUUGCUCUCAGGACCUUGCACAACGCCUACGCAAGCUCCCGUAUCUUUGGUUGCUGCUGGUCAGGAAACAAAUGGCCCAGAGAAUGUGCACGGUGGAACUCGUAGAAGGGCGAGCACAUCAACUGGAUGUGUUACCCCUGUGAAGUCACGCAUCGCUCGUCCUGGUACAUCGAAAAUUAUCACAACGUCGUCGUCGGCUACUUGUGAGAACGCUGAUACGGAUGCUGCACCAUUACUAAGGAUGAGCACAACCAAGAAUGCGAGGAUAAGUAAGGGGCUUUACAAUCAUUGGGUCUUUGAGACCACUUCGAUAAGUGAGAUGAAUGCGCGCAAAAGUGAAAUCAACGCCGAGUGGAAGCCUUUUCUGUCGCCGGACUUCCAUGCGAAGCUCUUUGCUCCGUCAUUGGAAAAAGGAAUGCUCAGUGCUAUGGAUGGGAUAUCGUCUUGCAUUGUGCACCAAGCUGCUGAGGUGAUCGCGUCACUUGACCUCAUCUUGAAGUGGUGCACCCUUCGCAUUGUAGACAAUAAUGUCCAGGCCCUGGCUAAGCUGUUGGAGGUCUUGAUCAAGUUGUUUGGUAUGCUAAAAGACAGAGGGUAUCAGCUGGACGACGUUGAAGCUGCAAUAUUCCUUCCAUAUUUGCUGCAAGAGAGUGGACAGUCAAAGCCGCGUUUUCGCGUCCGCUUCCGCGAUGUAAUGAAGCUGGUUGUCGAUGUGUAUAGCCCUGAAAAGUAUGUCUCCUUUCUGGUGGAAUGCAUCAAUAGCUCCAAGAAUAUGAAGAGCCGCUGUGAGUGCGUUGAUCUAGUGGAGUACAUCGUGAGUGUGCAUGGGUACCAAGUUGUCGGCCGCAAAUGCAUCAGAGACGUGGGUAAGUACGUCGUGGCUCACGAGAAGGAACUUCGUGAGAGUGCCAUUAACGCGCUCGUAUCCGUCUACGUGCGGACCGAUAAAGAGAAUCCGGACAAGUUCUUUCGAUACGCUGGUAUUACGACGCAACAAGGCAUCGAUUUACUAAGAGCGCGUUUGAGACACUUGCCAGCGAGUUGUAUACCACCUGAAGCUGAAGCAGCUCCUGCAGCGAAAUCGACGUCAGAACAAGAGGGACAACGACCUCAGCUUGCUCAACGGAAAGGGUUUGGCUUUGGCUUUGGGCGUGCAUCGAAUGCCGCGGCUGCUGCACCGGCGCCUAGUUGUGGCGAUAGCGUACAGGUGUCACCUGCUGCGCUCUCUUCCAUAUCCGAAGUGAAGCACUUCUCCGAUGAUACUGGCGAUGGCGAUGUCGAAAUGACCGUGUCGAACGCGGAGAUUGCAGAAGAAACUUCACCUGGUGCGGCGAUUGAGGAGUUAUUGUUACGUCCGAUCGAGAUGCUGAUCGAUUCAUCGAAGGAAAUUGUUCCCGCUGGCACACCAGCGUAUAAGGAAGGUGGGAACGCACUGAAGGGUCUGUAUGCAAUUAUUAACCGUCCUUCGGAUCCGUCGGAGGUUGAGUUCUUGCACUCGUACGUGAACGAGAUUGUUUUGGCUCUGUGUGACUGUAUACAUGGAUCGUUCUACGCUGGCAACGCAGAAAAGAGGCCCGAGAUGUACAUUCUGGCAAUAAGCAUCACGACACUGACGAUCGUUUUUAACAGUGAGGCUGUCACAAGUAUGCAGCGUUACACAGUGGAACGUGUACUGUUGGAACUGUGCUCGAAAAUAAUGGACCCACGUUUGGAGAAGUUUUCCCAGAAUGCAAACUUGCCAGUAAGUGAACUAAGGCUGACCCCGGAAGAAAAUCGCUACCUGAUGGUGUACAAGGCGCUGUAUAAGGCGAUGCGCAAGCUGACUGAAAGGGCCAAGCCUGGCGAUGUGUACCCGUCGGUGAUUAAUCUUCUGCAGCGGCUUAUGCACAACGAUGUCGGUGAGUACAACAAGAACGACACUUUGAAGCAUUUGCUGAAGGAAGAUUCGCUGGAUCAACUCGUCGGGCGUAUCCUGCUGAAGCUAUCAAACAUUCAAGCAAACGCACUGGCUCCGUUCGAGGGUAUCGACAUCUUUGGCAUUCUCAUGCAAAUGCACGGUUUCUUCUCGACUCUUCCUCGAGCCGGAGUGAUGAUGGUGGAUAUCGCAAAUGACAAUAUGCAGUCGGCAUUGAAAAUUAUCGCUGAAAGCUUGACGAAGACACGACCGGGCGCUUUUGAGGCAUCUAUGAAAGACAUACCGUCCACGUCUCUUGUGCAUCAGAUUUUACAAGAAAUGGGAUACAGUCAAGAGCGACAACAAUUUGCUGCCGAGCCGUCUGGAUUGCAUUCUGAAGAACGCGAUAACUGUCACGCAUCAGCUGCACCCCAUGCCAUGAAGGACUUUGAUGGCGCCACCGCCAGUGGUGAUCCGGCUACAACGGAGGCAGUCAGACGUUCAAUUUCGGUAGGAAACACUGGUCUUGCGCCACGAGUACCGCGGACGGCAUUCGCGGCGCCACCACGGGUUGGGAGUAUUCCCGUAGCGACCCGCGGGCGCAGUUUUACGUCAUUCCAUGACUUCGCUGCCACUCGUGGCGCAGCAGGCAGUGCGGCUCGUCCGUCGACAACUAGUGAACAGCUCGAGAACCUGCGGGAGCGACUGCAGAUGUCCCGUCAUUUCAGCUGA